AUGGAUUUUACCGUGAAAGAAAGUCGUGGAAGCUCAGAUGUCAGUCUUGUGGAGAGAAUUACACUACAUUUUAUCAAAGCAGUAGCUCACAAAAUGACUGUGUCCGUAGCCAUUUGCACUGAGGGAAUGCAGCUUAAUAACGAUACGUCGAACAAUGAUACGUUGUACAGAGAAAAUGUCGUAACAGGGACUCUUUCCUCUAAGUCACAAACCAGAGUAGGAGGAGAAAGAAAGGAAUGUGAACCGUGUCCAGUUGGGUAUUAUAAACACACGUCGGCAGAAAACAUAAGUUUGAGUGUUUCCGAUAGAUUCUGGUGUAUUCAGUGUCCAGUGGGGAAAACUACAUUUACUGAACGCAACGUCCAGUUUACAGAUUGUAUUGAUAUAUGUGAGGAAGGUUUUGAGCUGCAGAAUAAUAAUUCUUGCGCUGAGUGUGAAAUAGGUUUCUAUAAAAACAUAUCAAGUGCCAACACUACUGCUUCUUUUGAGGAACGAUGGAACUGCACAGCUUGUCGGGAAAAUUUGACCACCUUAAAUAGAGGGACUGUACACGAAGAGGGCUGUAUUGAACAUUGCUUAGAAGGCAGCUUUUGGAAUGGAAGUGUAUGCUUGCCUUGUCCAGUGGGGGAAUACAAAAACACUUCCAGUAAAGAUCUUUCACUUUCUUAUGAACUGAGGUGGAAUUGCACCCAGUGCAAAGACGGGAAAACAACAUACCGUUCUGGCACAAAUAAAGAUGCAUGUUUAGAGCAUUGCCUAGAAGGACUCUACUUGGCUGACAAUGGAACAUGUGUUCUUUGCGACAUUGGAUAUUUUAAAAACACAUCAAGUAAAAAUGUUACGUUAAGUGAAAAUCUAAGGUGGAACUGUACUAAGUGUCCGGAUGGUAAAACUACAAGAACACUAGGAUCUCGUGAAUGCGUAGUAACUUGUGACAAGGGUGAAGAAUACAACGAAACAACAAAAUCAUGUGAUGAGUGCAAAAUAGGCACUUAUAAGAACCUCACAGGAAGUCACAUCCAAUGCUUUGUUUGUCCAACAAACUACACAACUAGACAGCCGGGGAAAACCAGUCCAAAUGAUUGCAAAAAAGCCGAUUGCAAGUGUCCAUGUAACAGAGUCCACCCAGUAAGGAAUUAUACAAGUGCAGAACUGGCACAGGUUAUACAUACGAUAAAGAAAGAGCUGGAAGUCAAUAAGGCAAAGUUGUCGUCUCAGCUUAGGAAGAGGAUCAGCGUCAUGGACAACCGCCCGUCUGCUCGAUCUCUGGGAGCAAUUGGUGUCGCCGUUAUCUCGGCCGUUUUUAUAUUUCUAUUUGUAUUGGACUCGAUUAUACUCUUCAAGCAGUUCCCAGCAUUGGUCAACACCAUAAAGAAUUGCUUUGCGAGAAACUGAAUUUAUUCCUUAAAACACACGAGAUUUCAAAAAUCUUAUAAGUGGGAGAAUGAUGUUUUGUGCUUUAACUGUAUACCAUGUUUCUGUAACUGAACCUGUUUCUCUGGAAGUACCAGUACUCGAUGAGAAUUAUUUUUUAAACUUUGACUUCAAAAAGUGUUUUUUCAAUACAUGAACUAUG